CAACACGCUUCUAUUGUAUGUGUGGAAAUGCGCGCGACAUUGGUGUCUUUACAUCGUCCUCACGGUAUGCCGCCGAUAAAGUAAAACGACGCCUACCUUUAGCUCGCGUCAAACGACUUCUCCGCGUCUCCACCGCGACGGAGUCGUUUAUUGCGUGAUAAGCGGACUGCGAAAGGCAACGACAGUCCUUCAUGGCGGAAGGGCUGUGGGUCUGCUCUGAGGUGAGGGCCGUACAUUUUUUCUACCGCAUUGCCUUAUCGUCAAAGUCGCCGGCGCGUUGUCGCGCGAUAAGCAGUUCGAGUUGUUCGGGCAGCGACCGUGUUUUCCCCGCCGAGCACUCUGCAAAGUUCCUGGUUCUUGCAACGAUGUGCCGGACAACUCCGGCUGUGGUUCCUUUUCUCGUGCUACUGCUACCGCUCCUCCGUCAGGCGUUGGGCUCCUCCUCCUCCGUUAGCCCAGGCCAACACCGUCGCAGCCUCAGCUGCUUCCAGUGCAGCUGGCUGGCCGAGCAGCCGGUGGACUCCAAGCGCGAGGAUGAAGUGGCCAAGCGCUGGAUGAAAGCGUAUGAACGCUCGGAGGACGCGAUCGACAAUCCGUUCAAGCGACCACUACUGGGCGUCGAAACGUUCGCUGAGAUGCCCACCAGGACGCAGCUGGCGGAGCACUGCGACAACUGCACCAAGGCGGACGGCAUGUGCGCCCGCUGGACCUUCUACGGGAGCACGGGUCAGCCGCUGAAUGUGACGUGGAUGUGUGUGAACAGCCUGGAGACGGGCUGCUUCGUGGAGCACAUGGCCAGCCACUUUGUCAAGGAGGUGUGCCUGUGUCAGGACAGACAUCACUGCAACGCUGCCGGUGCUGCAACGCCCAUAUCCCUGGUCGUCAUUCUUAUCUCUGCGGUGUGGAUCGCCGAGCUUCGGAAAGUGUUGUCUUGAUAUCGCGGUCAGCUGGCGUGCAUCACCGUUGGUUGGUCAUGUUCGUGAGCGAAUUCCAUGAGGCCUGAUAUCGUGUCGUCCCUUCGAAUCUAAUUCCCGAACUGUGCGACUGCGACGCGUGCGUUGCGGAAGAACAUUACAGCUCAUUUUAAAGCGAAGCUUUGUAUGUCUCACUGAUUCGUCCGUGAGCGCCGAAAACGCACUGCAGGAAAGCCAACUUACACAAUGGAACUAUCUGUGCAUCUGCGCACACAAUAGAACUACGGCUGUGCAUGUGCGCACACAAUAGACUAACGGCGCACGACAUACGUAUCGUAGAGCACUUCACUUUACAUUCGCAGUUGUACUGAUAAGAACAAUGGGAACUGCAACACCACGCUACCCAUACGAACUGUAUAUAUCUGGAUUGCAUUGAUUGCAUUGAUUGCAAUGCAUUUCCGGUCGUCACCAUAGGUAGGCCGCGGGUUCAGCGCACGGCAGAAGAGGCUGCCGUACGCGAACGCGCGAGCGCGAUCGUGCCCGUAAGGCCGAUCCCGUGUAUCGGCAACGGCAGAGCCUCUGACCGUCGACCACAGCGAUGAAAAGGCUAUACUGUGCAAGUGUGGAGUCGUCCGUGAAAGUGUGAGUGUGUGCGUGUAAUGAACGUAUAUAUAUGAUCUAAA